CUGCUGCUGCUGCUGUCGGUCCCAGCAGCACGGGCUGCUCCCAGGGCAGAGGGGCAGAGGCCUGAACCCUCCAUGGCUAUGAGGUUCGACCCCGAUCUUGAUCCACUGAGCCCGGAGUUGCUCACACUCCCGCUGCUGCAGAGCACAGUGCGGAGGCUGGGGCCACCGGAGCGGGACAUGGAGGCCAUGACGUGGGAGCAGGCCCUGCUCUAUCUCUUUGCACUGCACGACUACGACCGGAGCGGGCGGCUGGAUGGGCUGGAGCUGCUGCAGCUGCUGGGCACGGUGCUGGCUCAGCGGGAUGAGGGACGGCUGCCUCCUGAGGCGGUGGCUGCGCUGGUGGACCAAGCCCUGGAGAGGCAGGACCUGAGCAGAGACGGGCUGCUUGAGCUCGCUGAGUUGCUGCUCUUGCCUGGGUGGGGACCCCUGGGGCAGCCCCUCCGGCAGCAGCAUGGGGAGCCGCUGUCAGGGACUGGGGCUGCACUUGGUGGGGACAGAGAGGUGCCUGGAGGUGACACAGGGGUGCAUGUCCCAGCAGAGGGACAGGCAGCCCCUGAGGCUGAAGACCCCAAUGCUGGAGCCAUGGAAGCAGAGGAAGACCUCAAGGCUGAAGCCCCUGAGGCCAAAAGUCCUGCCACUGGAGCCACAGAGGCAGAGGAGGGCCCUGAGGCUGAAGCCCUUGAAGACCUCAAUGCUGGAGCCCCUGAGGGGGACUCUGGGGAGGGAUAAGCGGUGGGGGCUGUGCCCCGGUUGCUUCCUUCUCCGCAUGGGGCACACGGCAGCGGGGGGUUCCCUGCGCCCCCUGUCCUGUCGUGGGGAUGGGAUGCCUGGCGUGGCCAUGACUAUGCAGUUGCCCCUGUGAUGUGGUGG